AUGGCUGUACACGGCAAAUACACUACAGAAAAGGUCACGUAUCCCUCCCACGGGGAGGUCGUGGCUGGAGUCCUGUAUAAGCCAAAGCAUAUUCAGAACCCUCCCGGAUUGGUCAUUAUUGGACCUUACUCUUUCACCAAGGAGCAGGCUCCGACCCAAUACGCCACUCGCCUCGCCGACGAAGGCUACGCAGCACUCAUCUUCGAUCCGCGAACCGUUGGUGAAAGUACUGGAGAGCCGCGGCGACAAGAAAACCCAGUUAUGAAGAACGAGGAUGCAGUUGCUGGUCUAGACUACCUCGUGGGACGAGGCGACGUCAACAAGGAUGCACUCUUCCUCGUUGGCGUCUGCCAGGGCGGACCCCAGUGCCUCGACAUUGCAUCUCGCGACAAGCGAGUGAAAGGAGUCGCUUCGGUCACGGGCUACUUUCGCGAUCUCGAAACCGAUAUUUACAUGAUCUGCGCUGGAUGUGUGAAUGCUGAGCCGGGUGUCGACGUGGGUUCUCUUAAAAUGCCCACGCCCGCGCAGGGCCAGGCUCUAUAUCAAGCACGCCUCGAACGUGCUAAAAAGGCCAAAGAACUGUACGAAAAGACGGGGCAGGUUGAGUACCAGCCUCUUGUCGACCCCAAAGCUGCUGACCCCGAUGUUGGGUCCGUUGCCGGUUUGCCUGGCCCUGUGGUCUGGGCGUGGUACGGCCCUUGGACACUCAGCCGAGCCUUUGAGAAUCGAUACGCCGUGAUGAGCGACCUGGAUCACUUUGGCUACACCACGGUGCCCGGUGUUGCCAAGCUGCAGACACCGGCCUUGGUAAUUCAUGGCGACAACUGUAUGAAUGCGCCGGCGGCGAAGCGACACUUUGAUUCCAUCCCGACGCAGAAUAAGAAGCUGAUCUGGGAUAAUGAUGUGUCGCACUUCCAGCACUAUGAUCAGCCGGACUGUGUGGAUAGAAAUGUGGGCGAAAUUACUGCUUGGUUUGCUAGUGUUUAG